AUGGGCCCAAAGACCGGCAUGAGAGCACUCAUCCUCGUCGGGGGUUACGGCACGCGUUUGCGUCCGUUAACACUAAGCCGGCCUAAACCCCUAGUCGAAUUCGCCAACAAACCAAUUGUGUUGCAUCAGAUUGAAGCAUUGGUUGAAGCAGGAGUGACUGAAGUUAUCCUAGCUGUUUCCUAUCAUGCUGCUGACAUGGAGAAAGAAAUGUCUGCACAGGCUGAAAGAUUGGGUAUUAGCAUUGUAUUUAGUCAUGAAGAGGAACCUCUAGGUACAGCUGGACCAAUUGCCCUGGCUAAGAAGUAUCUCAGUCAAAGCAAGGAACCAUUCUAUGUGCUCAAUUCCGAUAUUAUCUGUGACUUCCCAUUCAAGGAACUAGAACAGUUUCAUAGGAGUCAUGGUAAAGAGGGUACCAUUGUUGUGACAAGAGUAGAAGAACCCUCAAAGUAUGGUGUGAUUGUUCAUAAACCCAACGGACAAAUCGAGCGUUUCGUAGAGAAGCCCCAGGAGUUUAUUUCGAAUAAAAUCAAUGCAGGGAUUUACAUUUUGAAUCCCAGUAUGAUUAAUCGAAUUGAAUUACGACCGACUUCCAUUGAAAAAGAAGUUUUUCCGGGUAUGGCCGAUGAUGGAGAGCUUUUCGCGUUUGAAUUGCAUAGUUUCUGGAUGGAUAUUGGACAGCCAAGAGAUUUUCUGACAGGAAUGUGUAUGUAUCUAAAAUCCCUUAGGAUACACUCACCGGAGAAGUUGUAUAAUGGUCCUGGUGUUGUUGGGAAUGUCCUGGUUGAUCCCACGGCGAAAAUUGGUGCUGAUUGUCAAAUUGGACCGAAUGUUACGAUUGGUCCAGGAGCCAUACUGGAAGAUGGUGUUUGUGUGAAGCGUUGUACAAUCUUGAAAGACGCCGUAAUUCAAUCACACUCGUGGUUGGAGAGUUGCAUCGUCGGAUGGAGGUCCAUGGUUGGAAAAUGGGUGCGCAUGCAGGGUACCACUGUCCUUGGAGAGAAUGUCAUUGUCAAGGACGAGAUUUACAUCAAUGGCGGACAAGUGCUGCCACAUAAGAACAUCGCUGCCUCGGUGCCGGAACCGCAGAUUAUCAUGUGAUUUUCUGCUGUUUCAUAAAUAUAAUGUAAAAAUCUAUGCGACUAAAACAGAGGACUGCAAAUAUAUUUAUAGGUUAGGAGAUAGAAGAAGUAUAUAAGAGUAAUAUAAGCAGAAUGUUAAUUAUUUCCAUGUCACGCAUGUCAAAUACGGAAUUUAGUGCAAUGUGUAUGUAAUUUGUACUUUUAUAAAAUCAUCCGGAAUGAUUUUCGACGUAGUUUUACUUGUUUUCUGUCACAGCUUUUAUUUUUGAAAUAUUUGUGUAAUAAACUUUAUUUUUUUGAGAAUUAGAUUGUAAAAACUCAAAAACUUGUUCGAUUGCAUACUGAUAUGUGUUAAUUUUAUUGUUUAUAACAUAAAAUAUUGUUUAAAGUUUGA